GGAUGUGAUGGGCCAUGUGCACUCCCCAUCCCAGAAGCCUUUUUGCACCAUACUGCUGUCCUUACGUCCAGUCAUUAUAUCAUCCCGUCUUGCAGGCGAGCAGUCUGUAGCCACUACAAGCGUUUUACCUCUCAAAGAUGUUUCGUUUACCAACAGUCAUGAAGCAGGUGAGGCCUGUGUGCAGGGCGCUGGCUCCUCAUCUGACACGAGCCUACGCUAAGGAUGUAAAGUUUGGAGCUGAUGCUCGUGCCCUCAUGCUGCAAGGAGUGGACCUGCUGGCUGAUGCUGUAGCUGUCACAAUGGGCCCAAAGGGUCGCACUGUCAUCAUUGAGCAGAGCUGGGGCAGCCCUAAGGUCACCAAGGAUGGUGUUACGGUGGCAAAGAGCAUCGACCUGAAGGACAAGUACAAGAACAUCGGUGCAAAGCUGGUGCAGGAUGUGGCCAACAACACCAACGAAGAGGCUGGUGAUGGCACCACCACUGCCACAGUUUUGGCACGUGCUAUUGCCAAGGAGGGCUUUGACACCAUCAGCAAAGGCGCUAACCCUGUGGAGAUCCGCCGUGGAGUCAUGAUGGCCGUGGAAACCAUCAUUAAUGAGCUUAAAAAGCUCUCCAAACCUGUCACAACCCCAGAGGAGAUCGCACAGGUUGCUACAAUUUCAGCCAAUGGUGACGUGGAGAUUGGUAACAUCAUAUCCAAUGCCAUGAAGAAAGUUGGCCGCAAGGGAGUCAUCACUGUCAAGGAUGGGAAGACUCUGCACGACGAACUUGAGAUCAUUGAGGGUAUGAAGUUUGACCGGGGUUACAUCUCCCCUUAUUUCAUCAACACCGCCAAAGGCCAGAAAUGCGAGUUCCAGGAUGCCUAUGUGCUGCUCAGUGAGAAAAAGAUCUCUAGUGUCCAAAGCAUUGUGCCAGCACUGGAGAUUGCCAACCAGCACCGCAAACCACUGGUUAUUGUGGCUGAGGAUGUGGAUGGCGAGGCCCUUAGCACCUUAGUUCUCAACAGGCUCAAGGUUGGGCUCCAGGUGGUAGCUGUCAAGGCCCCAGGCUUCGGAGACAACAGGAAGAAUCAGCUGAAAGAUAUGGCCAUCGCCACCGGGGGCACUGUGUUUGGAGAUGAGUCUCUGGGCCUGGCUCUUGAAGACAUCCAGGCUCAUGACUUUGGUAAGGUUGGUGAGGUGCAGAUUACCAAAGAUGACACCUUGCUGCUGAAGGGAGGAGGCAGCCCAGCUGAAAUUGAAAAACGGGCAGCGGAGAUUGCUGAGCAGCUGGAGAGCACCACCAGUGACUACGAGAAGGAGAAGCUCAAUGAGAGGCUGGCCAAGCUGUCUGAUGGAGUGGCCGUACUCAAGGUCGGAGGAACAAGUGAUGUGGAGGUGAAUGAGAAGAAGGACCGUGUGACAGAUGCUCUGAAUGCCACCCGUGCAGCUGUGGAGGAGGGCAUUGUUCCAGGUGGAGGCUGUGCCCUGCUGCGCUGCAUUCCGUGCCUUGAUACGCUCAAAACUGCCAAUUCUGACCAGAAAAUCGGUGUGGAUAUCAUCAGACGGGCGCUCCGUAUCCCUGCCAUGACCAUCGCUAAGAAUGCAGGUGUGGAGGGUUCGCUAGUGGUGGAGAAGAUCCUGCAGGGAUCAUCCGAGCUCGGCUACGAUGCCAUGCAGGGAGAGUAUGUCAACAUGGUGGAGAAGGGCAUCAUUGACCCCACCAAGGUGGUGAGGACAGCCCUGUUGGACGCUGCAGGAGUAGCAUCCCUCCUCUCCACUGCUGAGGCUGUAGUUACAGAAAUGCCCAAGGAGGAGAAGGACAUGCCAGGAGGUGGCAUGGGUGGAAUGGGCGGCAUGGGCGGUAUGGGAGGUGGCAUGGGUUUCUAAGCCAAUCCCUCUGACUCGCUGUACAGACUAAUAGGCAGAGUGGUGCUGAAGGUGGCUGAGGAAUGAAAGAAAAUCCUCCAAGAACCUGCACCCUUCUCCACCAAACUCUGCCCAUUUUGACUGACUGACUGACUGGCCAUGAGUAUGUUGGAGCUGCAAAUAACUGAUGACCCCCCCACUCCUUCACACGAUUCUGCCUCCUGCCUCUUCGCCCAGGUUUCUGGAGGAGCCAGCAUCAUCGGACUCUGUGCUCCUUUGUCCCGUUCACCCAGCCUGCUAAAAAAAAACUGAGGAUGAGAGCCCAUCAAGCCCAGUUACUACAGCAGAAUCCUGGUGUAGAAUCCCCCUCCAAUGGCUCUGUCCAGCCAUCGACAUCUGCACUGAACUCAGAUUCCAUCAUGUAGAACACCCAGCAGGAAGAAAAAUGCUCAAACAGCUGAGACCAUUUCCAUCUCUGUCGUGUCUGUCAUGUCAAGAAGAAACUAAGAGUCUAUGUUGAUGAUACUGUGUUACUGCAGAAAAAGAACGAGAAAAGAUGCGUAGCCAGGAUUGUGUCACUGUCCAUUACAUCUGUCAUGUUAAUUGUUUUGUUUUUAUAUAUAUGUUUUUUUCCCCAGCUAAUAUUAUGUGGGUUUAAGUCUGUCAUUUGAUUUAAUUAAACUAAUUUUCUUACAGAGCUUGAGCAGCUUAUUUGUCUCUGAAGUGACAUGACAUUGUAUGUCUGGUGAUGUCACUUGUUCCCUUGUACAUGACUGCAGUUGGAUGAAGAGUGCCUAAAUUACCAGUUUGAAUAUCACCAGGGGCCUGUUUAAACAAUGUAAAAUUGAAAUGUUUACUGAGAUGAGUCUUCACGGAUGCAGCAUUGUGAGGGUUUUUUUUUUUUCUUUUUCUGACCAUCAGUUUGUGGCUCAUUGAUGAUCGUCAUAGGGUCAGCUGAGCGUUGAUUUCACAAUGAAUGGCAGAUUGUAUGUGAGGGCAGGAGCAGACAGAAUAGUGAAGAGGGCUCAAGUUACAAACCAGUUUGGACCCUCCAAGGUCCCAGCGACAAAGUCUAAAUGUGAAAACCUGCGAUGUCCUUGUGCUGUGUAGCAUUGAUGUGAAGAGCUCACACGUCUCCGUCAUACACUCUGCUUUAACUACGAGUCACGAGAAAACUACAUCUGGUGUUAUACUUACAUAAAAGAGUCGGUGGUGUUUCUUUUCCAGGACGUUAUUCCUUGGCAAAAUGACAAAUAGCAAAAUGACGACAGUGAUCAUUCGACUUGUGUUUUGUACUAUGUAGACAUGAUUAAUGGUGAUUUUUGUUUUUUUUAUUUAAUAAAUUCAAUUGUUCA